AUGGUGCUGCUCGUGUUCCUCGCCCUCAGGAACACCCCUUUGGCCCCGUUGUCUGCCACCUCAUAUGACCAACUCCGACAGCUGCACAAGGUUGCUGGGUACACCUGUAUUGUAACCAGCUGGCUGCACGCCAUUGUAUAUCUCUCUUCCUGGUCUGCGCUUGGGAAAUUGGAUAAAAUGCGUGAAACUCCUAUGAUUGCCGGUGCCGUUGGUGGCACUGCUAUGCUCGUCAUCGGGGUGUCCACCAUUUCUUACAUCUACCGCCGUCGUUAUGAGGUCUUUUAUCUCAUCCACAUGACAAUGUUCAUGUUAAUCCUAAUCGUGAUCGGCAUGCAUCGGCCCAAGUUCUCAACCUCAAGUGUUAUUAUCAUCAUCUUCACAGCCUGUAUCUGGGGCCUGGACCGUUUGAUUCGCCUGGCCAAGAUUUUCUGGAACUUCCCUGGCAAUCACGCAACGGUCACUGCGCUCCCAAACGGUGGAAUCCGUGUCCGCCUGACACGCCGGCUAGCUGCAACGCCCGGAUCUCACGCCUUCUUAUGGCUACCCGCCAUUCGGCUGUUCGAGAUGCAUCCAUUCACCAUGGUGUCCGUCGACCCGGCCGAGUUUGUCAUUCGUGCACACGAUGGCUUUAGUGGGGAACUAUAUCGCCAUGCACAGAAUCACAAUGGCAAUGGGGCCACGCUUCGAUGCUCGGUUGAUGGCGGAUAUGGGCAGAUCCUUGACUUUGGGGCUUUUGAGAGAGUGGUUCUCGUUGCCGGAGGCAGUGGUAUGAGCUUCACCUGUGCUGUUGCUGCUGAAUUAAUUAGAAAAUCUGCUGCAAGUAGAGCCAAAAAGAUUGAUUUUAUCUGGACGGUGAGAGAGAAACAGACUCUAUCCUGGUAUCAGGAAGAGCUACGCCAACUGCAGGACAACUCCCUGGUGAAUCUCAUCAUCCACGUCACACACUCCUCCAUCCCGUCUACAGAGCAGCUUCCUCAAGCCACAUCAAGUCUGGAAAAGGAAGUUUUAGCAACAGCCGAGCUAGAGGCAGAGUCUGACCCGGUCCCAAGAGAUACUGAAGCAGGGCCCUUGGAAAAGACUACCAUCAUAGAUUAUCCUCUCACAAUGCACCCCGGUCGCCCAGAUAUUUAUAGUCUGAUAUCCAGUGCAACAUUUGGCACAGACACAAAAGACCGCAUCGCUGUUGGUGUCUGUGGCCCGAGUGGUCUGGUGGAUUCGACGAGGCAGGCUGUAUCGAGGGCCAUGGCGGAUGGGGCUUUGGUUACAUUAUACGCAGAGGAGUUUGGGUGGUGA